AUGGUAGAUAGUCACCGUCCCAGUGUUAACCAGACAGCAGAAGAGCCAAGGCCACGGCCAAGAUGGGGAAGUUUUGACAUACAUCCACCUCUUUUGACACUGAACCCGGAACACUCAAAAAUUUACGCUAGGCGGCACUCGGCCCACACAUGCCCGGUAACAGAAGAAAAACAUGCACCAAUCCAAAACGCGACGCAGAAUACAAUCAUGCCGCCUCCGAUCCCCUUGCGUCCGCCAGCGGUACCCAAAAGAAACAAUGCACCGGCAAAACCCAACGAAAGACGUCACCCGAACACGCCGCCUCCUUUGCCGCCGACGCCAAAGUCGCGCGUGCUACCCCAAAUAGCCGGCGGGUUUGAGGCGGCCAAACCGAAACCGCCUCUACGCAACAUGGUUUCGGUGGAUUCGAACCUAAACCGGCGGUACGAUGUAAACAGGAACUCGUCCCCGAAACAACUGAAUAACAAAAUACCUGUGGCGUUCGCUUUCGAAAGCCACAACGCCAACCAGGAGAUACCAAAGCUACCGCCCGCCCCCAGCGGACCGCCGCCUCCUUGUCCGAAAACCCACAAACUCCCUCAGCAAUCCAGCAAACCACCACCCACGCCUGGCAGAGUUUCAUUAAGACAGGAUUCCAGUGUAUCAAGCGACAGCUUCAGCCAAACAUCGUCACCGAGUUACACCACCAAAACAAUGGAAACCCCCUUACUCCCUCCAAAAACUCCCAUACACAAACAUCAAAACGGCGGUCUACUGUCAAAGGUUGUCAAAGACAUCGAAGAAGAUCCCAAUGGAAACAACACCAACUUAACCAAAAGCGCAUCGACCCCGGCCAGUCUACAAGCCGUUGUCAAAUUCCACAACGGCUCCAACAUGUCAUUACACCACAGGAUAAUCAGAGACCUGAGAAGACCCUCGAGCGUGUACGGUCGUAGGCUUCGCUUCCGACUUGCUCAAGUAAUUUUAAAUGCAGUAGCGUUAUUCGCUAUUGGUGCAGGCAUGGCGGCAUAUUUCAAAGCUUAUCCGACAAACGUAACGAUUGUGAACACGACGGUAAUCAACGUAACUUCGACUCCGUUGCGGAUCGAGGUGAACCCCGCUCCCGGCAUAUGUUUGCCGGUGAUCGUGAAAUUUUGCCAGGACCAUAAAGUUCCCUACAACUUUACAGUUUAUCCAAACUACAUGGGUCAUUUUGGUCAACGUGACGCCGAACACGAGCUCGAAGUGUACGAUGCAGUUGUUGACGUUCGCUGCUACGAAUUGGCCGCAUUGUUUCUCUGCUCUCUAUUUGUUCCCAAAUGCGGACCAGUUGGCGACGUCGUUAGACCAUGCAAAAGCCUAUGCGAAGAAACAAAAAAGCGUUGCGGAUUUUUUCUCGACGUUUUCGGCUUAGCAUUGCCAGAUUACCUGGACUGUGACCUUUUUCCAGAGUCUAUAAACCCAAACGAAUGCGUUGGCCAUCGAGAAGUCCAAGCUGAAAAACUUCGACAGCUUCGACCUGUUUGCCCGACCGGCUUCCAAUGCGACUCAAAGAGGUGUAUACCAAAGGACUGGCAGUGUGACGGUUACGUCGACUGUAAAGAUCAAUCGGACGAACUGAACUGUCAUAAAUGCGGCACCGGUAUGAUACAUUGCGGUGCCGACAAGUGCAUUACGCAGGAACACAUGUGCGAUGGUAAAGUCGAUUGUCCAUGGGGACAAGACGAACGGAAUUGCUUGCGAUUAAGCGAAAGAAAUGGAGACGAAGGUAAAGGGCAAUUGGAGGUCUAUCGACCGGAUCAAGAGAAAUGGGUGCCGGCAUGCGUCGCUCACUGGGACGAAAAAUCGCCCAAGAAAAUCUGCUCCAUACUAGGAUACUCGCAUGCAAACAGAAGUCAACUGUUGAAGGGCAUCGACAUCAAGUCGCCGCCAAUCCACGAAACAACGACCCUAUGGAGGAUGAAUCAGAACAAGCCGCCGAAAAAUUUGCUGAGGCAGUUCGGGUCGUGCAAUAAGACCACCUACCCCACCGUCAACUUAUCCUGCAUGGAUUUCAUGUGUGGAAAGGCGAGGAAAAGUUACGCUGAACGGCGGGCUUUACGUAUCGUAGGCGGCGUGGCCUCAAAACCUGGCGACUGGCCCUUUUUGGCCGCCCUUCUCGGAGGGCCCGAGGAAAUUUUUUAUUGUGCCGGAGUGCUUAUAGCAGAUCAAUGGGUCCUUACAGCCUCGCAUUGUGUCGGAAACCACUCGGAUGUUUCUGGAUGGAAAAUUCAGCUGGGCAUCACCCGACGGCAUUCUCAUGCCUUUUAUGGGCAGAAAAUGCGCGUAAAAAGGGUAGUUCCGCAUCCGAUGUACAACCUCGGCGUGGCACACGACAACGAUAUAGCUCUAUUCCAGCUAUCUUCCAGGGUAUCUUUUCACGAACUUUUACUGCCCGUCUGUCUUCCGCCGGCACAUAAACAACUUCAUCCAGGCACGGUGUGCACUGUAAUAGGAUGGGGCAAGAAGGAAGACACUGGAUUGUCGGAAUACGAGCCAGAAAUCAACGAGGUCGAAGUGCCAAUUCUCAACAGGGACUUAUGCAACGACUGGCUCGAGAGCCGCGAUCUUAACGUCACCGACGGAAUGAUUUGUGCCGGCUACAUCCAGGGAGGCAAGGACGCCUGUCAGGGCGAUUCCGGAGGGCCACUUCUCUGCAGAGACAAAAGCGACUCAGACAAAUGGUUUGUAGGUGGCAUUGUAAGUUGGGGUAUAAAAUGUGCCCAUCCGAAACUUCCGGGCGUUUAUGCCUACGUCCCGAAGUACAUCCCGUGGAUUCACCAGCAAAUGAAAAUCUACGACUCAAAUUAA